AAUAGAGACAACUAAUACUACAUUUUAAGUUUUAGAGAAUCAAAGUUCAGCCAGAAAUCAGAUGGGUGUUGAACGUUGAGCAUUGAACGUUUGAACGUUCUUGUUCAACGUUUAAUUUCAACACUCACCCACCCACGUUUGAAUGUUGUCAAUUCGAAGAGGGGUACAUACAAGACUCAAGUACUAGACAUACAAGUACUAGCGCUAAAAAACUUAGACUUGUUUCUGCGAUACCAAUUGAACCAGUCUUAUCAUCAGUCUAUUUUUGAUAUCGCAGAAAUCCCGAAAGAGUCCUUUAUUUCCCAAGUCCCAUAAAUAGCCCCAAGUGCUCUCACCCACCCACCAAACCACCACCAUUGGCAUCGGAUCCCCUCCUCCUCCUCACCCAAUACUAAUACUCUCAAUACCUUUUGGCAAUGGCUUUAGAAACCCGUACCAUCUCACUCUCCCACCUCACCCUAAAUCAAGAUGAACUAGCGUUCUACAAAAGACAAACCGGAAUAGCCGACGAGGAGAAAUUGAAGGAACGUAUUGCGGAGAUUGCGCAGAAGGCUCUUGAUGUGUAUCCGUAUCAUUGUAUCUGGACUUUUGGAUUUCUGAGAUUCCGUAUCCUUCGUUCUCAAUCCGGGUACAAACAACUGUUAGAACUAGGCUCUACACGGGCAAAUGCUUUGUUUUUGGAUAUAGGGUGUUGUUUCGGGAACGAUUUACGCAAAGCAAUCGAGGAUGGAUUCCCUGCUCAGAACGUGAUUGCGUCUGAUCUUCGACCUGACUUUUGGAACUUCGGACACGAACUCUUCAACACCAACCCAACAACAUUCCCAGUCACAUUCGUUCCAGGAAACGUGCUCGAGUCUUCCUUCAUAUCCACCCAACCUCCGCUGCUGUCACACGAAUCACCUCCAAACUUCAUACCCUCCGUGUCUCUCCAAUCUCUCCUCCUCCAACCCAACCCAAAAUCCCUCGAUCCUCUCCGCGGACAUCUCUCCGCAAUCCACACUUCCGCCUUUUUCCAUCUAUUCAAGAAGGACGAACAGCUCUUGAUAGCCAAGAAACUCGCGUCCCUCCUUUCUCCUGUUCCCGGUUCCAUUAUAUUCGGCUCCCACCGCGGUGCCGCGACGCCUCAGGAAGGGGAAAGGAACAGCACGGGGACGUUGUUCUAUCGACAUAGUCCGGAGUCGUGGAAAGAUAUGUGGGAGAAAGAGGUGUUUCUGGUUCCCGGCGCGGGGGAUAAUGAUGGUGGGGGUAGUACCGGCGAGGAUUUGAUCAGAGUCGAUGCUGGGUUGUCGCUUGAUGAUAAGUCAAGGGAGAUAUUGUGGUGGACUGUUACACGUUUGUGAUUCAAUAAACAUCUUUUGAAAAUUUGUUCUUUUUCUGUACUGUACUACUACUACUACUUUACAUAAAUUCACCUCGGGUGACUUGGAUUCGGACUUGGAAGACAACUAA